AUGCCCAAGAUAAAGCAAGGGAAACGCAAUAAUGCUGCGCAGGCGAGCAGUCCGUAUGCGCAAGCCGUGGCCAAAACGAAGGCAGCCCACAAUAUAUUUCGCAUGAACACAGACAUAGGCCAACACGUCCUGAAAAACCCUGGAGUCGCUCAGGCCAUCGUGGACAAGGCAGAUCUAAAACAGAGUGAUACGGUAUUAGAAGUUGGCCCUGGUUCGGGUAACUUGACAGUCAAAAUCCUAGAGAAGGCCAAAAAGGUCAUCGCCGUGGAAUUAGAUCCUAGAAUGGCUGCCGAGCUUACCAAGCGUGUGCAAGGAAAACCGGAGCAAAAGAGACUUGAAGUCUUGCUGGGGGAUGUGAUGAAGACGGAGGUCCCCUACUUCGAUGUCUGUAUAAGCAAUACUCCAUAUCAGAUCUCAUCCCCGUUGACGUUUAAGCUACUUGCUACGACUCCAGCCCCCAGAGUAUGUAUUCUCAUGUUCCAGCGUGAAUUUGCCAUGCGACUCUUCGCGAAGCCUGGGGACAAGCUGUACAGCCGUCUAUCGGUGAAUGCUCAAAUGUGGGCAAAAAUUGAUCACAUAAUGAAAGUGGGCAAAAACAACUUCAAACCGCCACCCGCUGUUGAGUCUAGUGUGGUUCGCAUUGUCCCCAAAGUACCGCGACCGGAUAUUAGCUACGAAGAAUGGGAUGGCCUUCUCAGAAUUGCUUUUGUUAGGAAGAACAAGACGUUGAGAUCGAGUUUCCUCGGAACUAGCAGCGUUGUGAGUAUGUUAGAAGCUAACUACUGCACAUGGUGUGCCCAAAACAAUAUCCCGAUUGAUGCAGACCUCCAAGACGACGAUCAGCAGAUGAUAACCGAAGAGGAUAACCAAGUGGAGGAGGAUGUUGAUGAAAUGAUGGAGGUUGAUGACGAGGAUGAUGUUCCUGAUUUCUUUAAAACCGAAAAAGAGCAGACGGCACCUAAAGUCGUUUCCACAAAACGUGGAAAGGUAACAUCUCUCGUUCGAGAAAAAAUCAGACAAAUCCUUGAAGAUGAUACUGGGCUUGCGGAUAAGCGUGCCAGAAUGUGUGACGAAGGCGAAUUUCUAAAGCUUUUGUGGGCAUUCAACCAGAAGGGCAUUCACUUUAGCUAG